CAAUAUGAAUCGCGAGGUAAAUGACUCCGACACUUGUUCUGGUAAAUGGCCCUGACGAUCAAGGCCUCUUUCUCUAGUCAUAAUAAGACUGUUUAUCUAUCGUUAUCUAUAAUCACGUGUUGUAUUUAGUGGUAUAGCCCGUCAACCGGCUGCAGAUGAUGAUGCAAAUUCUGUAACUAACAGAAAUCCUGUAACAGCAUAUUGAAAUCUUACUAAAUGUAGAACGGUAUGACUAAGUGCAGAACGCGCGGUCCAUUGCACCGGCACAGAGGACCACGAAAGAGUUCGACAGAACAACUUCACAACAUGCGGGAUCGUAGCUUAUUCUAUUCGAUGUGCAAGUGCCGAUAAAGUAAAAUUAAGCCAACAAUCCGAUUAGUAACUGUUUUAAUUGUCAAACUUCUUACCUAAUUAGUGUUUCACUAAACGAUGGUAGCCCCUGAGUGGUGAUUGAAAAUACUGAUCUCCUAGAAAUUGCACACAUAUUCUCUGUAAUAAAGAAAAUGCUUCGUGUUUCUCGGCUUGGAGCUAUGAUCCGGCGCAAAUUUGCGUCUGGAGCGACCUUCGAACCAGUGGAAAAAAUACGGAAUAUUGGAAUUUCUGCUCAUAUCGACUCAGGCAAGACAACGCUCACUGAACGACUUCUAUACUAUACAGGCCGUAUAGACCAAAUGCAUGAGGUAAAAGGAAAAGAUAAAAUCGGUGCAGUGAUGGAUUCGAUGGAACUCGAGCGACAACGAGGUAUCACGAUUCAGAGUGCUGCUACCCAUAUAGCAUGGGCAGGUCACACAAUUAACGUCAUCGAUACACCAGGACACGUCGACUUUACAGUUGAGGUCGAGCGAGCCUUAAGAGUUCUUGAUGGCGCUGUUUUAGUGUUAUGCGCCGUUGGAGGAGUGCAAUCACAGACAAUGACUGUUACACGUCAGAUGAAGCGUUAUAAUGUGCCAUGUAUUACAUUUAUCAACAAGCUCGACCGAAUUACUGCUAACCCCAACCGGGUCAUAAGCCAGCUAAAACAAAAGCUGGGAUAUAACGCAGCGUUCCUCCAAGUUCCCAUCGGAUUGGAGUCCAAACAUGAGGGUGUAGUGGAUCUUAUACGUGAAAGAUCUAUAUACUGCGAGGGCGCCACAGGUGAAAAAGUUCGCUAUGAUGAAGUGCCGAAGGAUAUGAGAAGUCUUGUCACUGACAAGCGACAGGAACUAGUUGAAUGCUUGGCAAAUGUGGACGAACAUCUGGGUAACUUAUUUUUGGAGGAAAAAGCCCCCACCAUUGAAGAAAUUGAGGCUGCCUGCCGUCGGGGUACGAUUGCUCGUCGUUUCUUUCCUGUGCUGAUGGGAACGGCCCUGAAAAACAAAGGGAUCCAACCUUUAUUAGACGCCAUUGUCUCGUAUCUACCCAAUCCAAGCGAGGUCGACAAUUUCGCCUUCAAAGGGGAGGAGAAAAUUCGAAUGGACCCAGCGCGUGUCGCUCGCGGUGAAGGAUAUCCGUUCGUCGGUUUCGCAUUCAAACUUGAAGCUGGUCGCUUUGGUCAACUGACCUAUAUCAGAGUAUACCAAGGAAGCUUACAGAAGGGCGACAUGUUGUUUAAUACUAGAACGGGCAAGAAAGUGCGUAUACCCAGAGUGGUUAGGAUGCACUCCGCUGAAAUGGAAGAUAUUAAUGAGGCCUAUGCAGGUGAUAUUUGCGCUGUGUUUGGUGUGGACUGUGCCUCCGGAGACACGUUCGUAUCGGAAAAAGGGUUGGAAGUUUCCAUGGAACCUAUGUUUGUGCCUGAGCCAGUAAUUUCGAUGUCGAUUCGUCCAAAAGAAAACAAAGAUGCAGAUAAUUUUUCGAAAGCAUGCAGCCGAUUUAUGCGUGAGGAUCCGACAUUCAGGGUGGAGUAUGAUGCCGACAACAAAGAGACGAUAGCAAGCGGAAUGGGUGAACUGCAUCUGGAUAUUUACGGGCAGCGAAUGGAACGGGAAUAUAAGUGUGCAGUAAUUCUUGGAAAGCCAAAAGUCGCCUUCAGGGAAAGUCUUGUCGAGCGUUGUGAAUUUGAUUACCUCCACAAAAAACAGUCUGGUGGACAAGGCCAAUUUGGUCGCGUUUGUGGAUUCCUGGAGCCACUACCAGCUGAAAGUAAUACAAAGAUUGAAUUUAGAGAUGCCACCAUGGGAACGAACGUGCCUAAGCAGUACAUGGCAGGUAUAGAGAAAGGCUUCAGGACUGUGUGUGAGAAAGGUCAUCUAACAGGCCACAAGGUCUCUGGUGUUCGAUUCCGACUUGAAGAUGGCGAGCAUCACAUAGUUGACUCGAGUGAGUUUUCGUUCAUGAUGGCUGCUCAGGGCGCGAUGAAACAAUGUUACGAACGGGGAAACUGGCACAUUCUUGAACCAAUUAUGACUGUUGAAAUUACCGCACCGGACGAGUAUCAAGGACAGGUGAUAGCGUCAAUCUCACGCAAACAUGGCGUUGUUUCGCGAACUGAUUCUCAGGAUGGUUGGUUUACGUUGAUAGCAGAAGUUGCACUCAACGAAAUGUUUGGAUAUUCAUCGGAGCUACGAUCAUGCACACAAGGCAAGGGCGAGUUCACUAUGGAAUAUUGUAGGUAUUCUCCUACAAGUCCUGCGGUUCAACAAGAACUUAUUGAGCAGUAUCAAGAACAGUUGAACCCGAAGUUGCAACAGACUGGAAAGAAGAAGGGAAGGAAUUAGGUGGAUUAGCUUUCAACACUUCGCGCACCUUAGCUUCAGUUCAGGAGCAAUAAUAAUAUUCUUACGACUACGUUAAAACUGGAAAAUAAGCUGUGAGAUGAGCCUUGGUGCCAGUUGGCUUGUUUAAAUAAGACAAUGAGAUUGAAUAUAUUAUAUAUUAACUCGACGUAUACGCUUUCAUUGAGAAUGUGGCAAAUGGCAUAUAUAUAUAUAUAUAUAUAUAUAUAUAUAUAUAUAUAUAUAUAUAUAUAUAUAUAUUGGCAAGUUAUUUUAAGAUUGUUACUGUCGAAUAGAGAGGAUAAACACGACCCAAGUGAAUAUUAGCACAACGAUUUGGAAAAAUUAUCAGCUCACAAGCAUAUGUAAAAAGCGGGCUAAUUUACAACGGUUGACUCUUAGCUCGGCGUUGCGGGAAUAUGUACAUACUUGUGAAUGUUUAUAGUUGUCGAAAAUUUUCGGGCAGAUAUCAUUAAUUGGUACUUCAAGAGGAGGCUAUACAAAACUAGAUUAGGAUAGAAUUUUUAUGGGAAGCGUUUUGCCGGGUUAACUUUAGCUCGUAGUAUUAAUAAAGUGACAGUUACUGUCAAGAUGUAAGGCUUCAUUAUAUAUGAAACAGCAUACUGUUGAAUUUCUUUCGAUUUUUCAUUUAUUGCUACAAAUCGGAUUAAUCAGUAUCGUUGUAACGACGCACUAAUUACUACAUGAUCCUACGCGAGAUCUUUCUAAUCAGAAGUGGCCCUUUCGGACACAAAACACUAGGCUAGGUAUGUACUAUUAACUAGUCAUUUUCAUUUGAGGCUUUGCUUUGUCAAGGCACGUUACCUUUAGAAAAGCAAAUGCAAAAUAUAAGCGUUCGAUUCAGUACCGACUUGAAAUAAUCUCCACCGCAUCACUGGAGAUCAGCCGCGUUCGUAGGCCUUAGAGCUGAGAGAUUUUCAUCUUUCUUUAUCUAAUCAUAUUUACCGCGUAGAACAUGUCAGCAUCGGGAACUGAAUCAGCGAGCUCUGGCUGAGAAGCUUUAAACAUGUACAGAAAUUAUUACUUUAGAACUGUUAGCAAGUAACAUAUUGUCCCCCUGAUGUUGUAGUGGCUAGACUGGAGGGACACCCGGGGGUUUA